CCUUGUUUUGGCGGCCAUUUUACUUUAUUUAAAGUAGGCGCUCGUGAGCCUCUUGUCUGCUAGCUGAUUCCAAAAUAAACCGAUAAAACAUGAACGCGCCACCAGCAUUUGAGUCAUUUUUGCUGUUUGAGGGAGAGAAAAAAAUUACUAUAGUUAAGGACACCAAGGUGCCCAAUGCCUGCCUUUUCACCUUGAACAAAGAAGACCACACACUCGGCAACAUCAUCCGAUCGCAACUGCUGAAGGACCCUCAGGUGCUCUUUGCAGGGUACAAAGUCCCUCAUCCCCUGGAACACAAGAUUGUCAUCCGUGUGCAGACCACCCCAGAUUACAGCCCACAGGAAGCCUUCACCAACGCCAUCACGGAUCUCAUCAGUGAGCUGUCCUUGCUGGAAGAGAGGUUCAGGGUGGCCAUCAAGGAUAAACAGGAGGGUAUUGAGUGAGCAGUGUCGUCACUCUUCUUUCUCUAAUGGAGGCCCCUGACAUUAAUUAUUUAUUGAGGAUUUGGCUGCAGUUUAUCUCUUUUAAAUCAUAACAAAAUGGGCUAUUCGUCCAUGUGAUGGAUUAUGCUCUGAAUAUCUUGCGAGAGGAAGCCUACAGAAAAAAGUGGACACUGGGAGGAGUUCACAGCCAGCUCAACAAUGUUUUUUACUUUAUUUUUGAUAAGCUUUACCCGUGACUCGGCAUCCCUUCAUUAUUGGUUGAAUAUUCCAGACCGAAUGAAGCACUUUGCUCAGGUUACGAUGUUCAAGGUGCGAUUUUUUUUUUAACGUGUUUUUGUCUCUGAAGGAAAAAAAAUUUUUCUUUGUACAACUGAAGAAAAUUGUAUAAUGUCUUUGUUGGAAACUUGUAUGAUUUGUAUAUCACUGAUGAUUCAAAUAAAAAAAAAUGUAAGAA